GAUUUCAUCCUCUCCAUGGUGGGUUAUGCAGUGGGGCUGGGUGCGUUCCUCAUCCCCUAUUUGAUGAUGUUGGCUCUAGCUGGGAUCCCCAUUUUCUUCCUGGAAGUCUCCCUGGGGCAGUUUGCUAGUCAGGGCCCCGUGUCGGUCUGGAAAGCCAUCCCCGCCUUGCAAGGCUGCGGCAUCGCCAUGCUGAUCAUUUCGGUCCUGAUAGCCAUAUACUACAAUAUUAUUCUGUGCUACACGCUUUUCUACCUUUUCGCCUCCUUUGUGCCCGUGCUCCCCUGGGCUUCCUGUAACAAUCCCUGGAACACGCCAGACUGCAAAGAUAAAAACAAACUUUUGCUAGAUUCCUGCAUUAUUGGCGAACACCCAAAAAUACAAAUCAAGAACUCUACUUUCUGUAUGGGUGCCUAUCCAAACCUAACCAUGGUUAACUUCACCAGGGAAGGAAACAAAACAUUUGUCAGUGGGAGUGAAGAAUACUUCAAGUACUUUGUAUUGAAGAUUUCAGCAGGGAUUGAAUAUCCUGGUGAGAUUAGAUGGCCCUUGGCACUAUCUCUUUUCCUAGCUUGGGUGAUUGUUUAUGCCUCCCUUGCUAAAGGAAUCAAGUCAUCAGGAAAAGUUGUGUACUUCACAGCUACAUUCCCCUACGUAGUUCUCAUCAUCCUUCUUGUAAGAGGAGUAACUCUACCUGGAGCUGGAGAUGGGAUCUGGUAUUUUAUCACACCAAAGUGGGAGAAGCUGAUUGAUGCUAUGGUUUGGAAGGAUGCUGCCACUCAGAUUUUCUUCUCCUUAUCUGCAGCAUGGGGAGGUCUAAUAACCCUCUCUUCAUACAACAAAUUCCAUAAUAACUGCUACAGGGACACAUUGAUAGUCACGUGUACCAACAGUGCCACAAGUAUAUUUGCAGGCUUUGUCAUCUUCUCAGUUAUUGGCUUCAUGGCAAAUGAACUCAAAGUGAAUAUUGAAGCUGUGGCAGACCAAGGUCCUGGGAUUGCUUUUGUGGUUUACCCAGAAGCCUUAACUAGGCUGCCCCUCUCUCCUUUCUGGGCUAUAAUAUUCUUUUUGAUGCUUCUAACUCUUGGAUUAGACACGAUGUUUGCCACCAUUGAGACUAUUGUGACCUCUGUGUCAGAUGAAUUCCCCAAGUACUUACGCACACACAAGGCACUGUUCACUCUUGGGUGCUGCGUGUCCUUCUUCAUCAUGGGAUUUCCUAUGAUCACUCAGGGUGGAAUGUAUAUGUUACAGCUUGUGGACACUUAUGCAGCCUCUUACUCUCUUGUCAUUAUUGCCAUCUUUGAGCUUGUGGGAGUUUCCUAUAUCUAUGGAUUGCAAAGAUUUUGUGAAGAUAUAGAAAUGAUGAUUGGAUUUCAGCCAAGUAAAUUCUGGAGAGUCUGUUGGGCAUUUGUGACCCCAACUAUUUUAACAUUUAUUCUCUGCUUCAGUUUUUACCAGUGGGAACCCAUGACUUACGGAGCUUACCACUACCCAGGCUGGUCCAUGGUGCUCGGGUGGCUGAUGCUGGCCUGCUCAGUCAUCUGGAUCCCAGUUAUGUUUGUGAUAAAAAUGCAUCUAGCGCCAGGCAAAUUUAUUGAGCGGCUCAAGCUGGUGUGCUCUCCACAGCCUGACUGGGGCCCCUUUCUGGCCAAGCACCGCGGUGAACGCUACAGGAACAUGAUUGAUCCACUGGGAACCUCCUCCUUGGGACUUAAACUGCCAGUGAAGGAUAUGGAACUGGGGACACAAUGCUAA